AUGCAGGCCCGAGAUACGGCUUCGACAAGGCACCAACAGGUUCCGACAUGUUUCGUCGCGUUUGCGAUGCGAAAAACAACGCCACGGUCACGCCACGCUGCACACACACACACGCUCCUGAGGACCACCCCUUUUCGGCGCCUGCUUUCUGCCGUUACGCAAACACAGUGUGUGCAUGCACGCGUGUACUGAAAUUUGAAACUCACGUGUCCCGCGGUGGGGUGGGUUGCGACGAUCACCUUACGACCCCCAUAAUGACCCCCCCUCCUGGUAUGAAACCAAUAAAACAAAAGAAAAACAAUUCCCACGAAAAGUAGACCAGGUUCCAGGAAAUGAGAUCAACCAACACACACACACGACUGACGCAACACCUCCUUGGUGGUGGUGAAAUACUGCUGUCCGCUGCGAUGACUCAUCAUCCAUCAAGCAACUUGACCGGUGCCGGUUCUCUCUCGUCGGUGUUGGUGUGCCGAAGCCGGCAAAACAAAAACAAACUCCGGGGACCACGAUGACUUUGCGUAAACACAGAGAGAGAGAGAGCGCGAGAGGGCCAGAUAAUGGGGAGCCCGACGCGCCGCGGCCGCGAUCGUAUAAAAGACCAUCGGAAGGGUAGCUGUUGCAUCAGAGUUGACAACCGAUUGUUGCAGUAAACAGCGAGUCGUAUCAACACAGACAUUGUGAGAAAAGUAAAGCAACACAUUCCACCUUGUGAGACACCAGAAGCUACAACACAACCCUAUAAUCCAGCCAAGGGUCAAGGUGAAGCAAGUCGCCACCAUGUCGACCACAACAAAGCCAGCAGCAACAGCAGCAGCGGUGCCCCCGCCACCCGCGGCAGUGACCAACAUCAUUCCAGAGUUCCACGGAGCGACGGACGAUUGGACCGUGUACCGGGAGAUACUGGAGGAGUUCUAUCGGGCCAACGGAAUCGCCGGCCCAGCCCGGGUGCCGGUGCUGAUCAGUGUGAUCGGUAAGGACACCUACCGGACGCUUCGGGGCCUGUGCCAUCCGCGCUCACCGAAGGAGAUGGAGUACGACGAACUGUGUCGGGUGCUGGCCCGUCAGUUCAUUCCGGAAAUCGCGAUCUUCCGCCGCCGAUCGCAGUUCUAUCGGGCCGAGCAGGGGCGCGGUGAAAGCGUCAAAGAUUGGUACGCCCGCCUGAAGGCGCUUUCGGUGGAGUGCCAGUUUGGCGAGCAGCACCUGGAGCCGCUACUGUUGGACCGGUUCGUGAUCGGUCUGGCGCCCGGACCGGUACAGGAGCGGCUGUGUGAGGAGCGACCGGAUUCGCUAACGCUCGACGGCGCGGUCGAUAUAGCGGCCACAAAGGAAGCGGCUAUGGCUGAGGAGCAGAUUGCGCAAGAGUUUGCCGCGCUGGGAGUGGACGAUGAAGGCCACCGACAUCGGCGACGUGGAAGACACGGACCCCGCCACUACCAAGUUGGCGGCGGGAGGUUCCACCAUUGGUCGCCGGAGCACGAUCCACGAUUCGGUCAUCAUCGUCACCGGCACGGACGGCACCACCACCGUCAUCCGGGGCAUCACCAUUCGGACCCCGAGGAGGGACACCACCAUCACCGCCAUCAUGGUCCGCCGCACCACUUUGGCGGAUUCCACGGGCAUCAUCACUGGGGACCGAUCGGCCGACCAGAAUUCGGUCCACCGAUGGGCGGUCACCCGGAGGAAGCGCGCCGCCGAGUGAUGAUGUCGCGCCACUGGGGAGCGCCAGCGUUCGGACCCGGUGCCCCGGGCCAUUGGCACGGCCGGAUGGCCGGAAGACCGGGUAUGGAGUUUGGAGGUGCGAUGCACGGAUGUGAACGAUUCGGCGGCGGACGCUCGCGCGAACGUCGUUGGGCCAAGAAGUGGCGCAAACAUUGCCGUCGUCGCCGAAGCAGCUCUUCGAGCAGCAGUUCGAGCAGCAGCAGCAGCGGCAGUUCCAGCUCGUCCAGCUCCAGUGGCAGCAGCAGCGCAAGCGAGACGGAAUUGGAGCCGGAGAAGAGGUGCCGCAAAGGGCGCAAAGCGGCUGAGCCCCAGCACAAACACCAGCAUGGAAAGCAUCAUCAUCAUCAUCGUGGCAAGCGGCACCACCACGGCCACGGCGGCGGUCACGGUCAUCGCCACCACCACCACCACCCGGGUGUCGGAAGUGGUGGCCAUUAUCGCAGGCGCAACGAUGAGCAGCAGCAAGUAGCGGCAGACCUGCAAAACGCCACGGACCCGACAACAGAACCGGAGCUGAUCGAAUAAGCAUUGGUGGCCACAUGCUCGUGGCCCCCAUAAUCUUCGUCUUCGUAUCUUCUCAUCUAUUUUAUCCUGUGAGGAAACUUAUGCGCAUAUUCAUUAAGCACCAGCAGCACCAGCAGCUGCAUUAUUAAAGGGAUUUAACUAAACGAAAUAUGUCGUCGACCAAAAAAACGAAAAAAAAUCUCAGUUAAUCAACAGAAACGAAAAAAAAACCUAAAAAAUAAAGAAAACGAUGGCCAAAAAAGACAUAAAAAACUUCAAAACGUACAACAAAUGGACUUUUGUAAUUUAAAUUGUGCAAAAAAAUGGCGAACUGAAAGAACUCUACACCAGCACUGGAAAGAAAAGUUCCCAAAAGUGGGUGCAAGAGAAAGUUCUC